AUGACGGAUAUCAUUGAGUUGUCUUACCCGAUAGGAAAGAAGUUUGUACUGUUCAAAUGUAAUUGGGUAGAUGUAGAGAAGGGAAAAGGUAUGCAAGAAGACAAAUUGAAGUUCACUCUUGUUAAUUUCACACAUUUGUUGUCAACUCAGAAACAAGAACCGUACGUAUUGGCAUCGCAAGUCAAUCAAGUGUUUUAUGUAGAAGAUCCAACUGACCCGGGAUGGCAUGUCGUGGUUACCAAUAAACCUAGAGAUACUUUUGAUUUGGGUGGUGAGGAUGAUGGAUUAAUAGAAAGUACACCAAUUGGUUUACAAGAUGAUGAUGAUGAUGAUGAGAUAAAUUUGGUGAGAGACGAUGUGGAAGGAACUACGGUUGACCCUCCAAACACUGAUUCUAGCGGUUCUAAUAAAACUUCUAGCAGAAAUAUUGUAAAUCAGAGCUUGGACAUGGGUGCGGAUGAAGACGUAGAUAUGGAUGAAAGUGAGGAUGAAGAUGGGGAUUUGGAUGGAAGUGAGGAUGAAGAUGAAGAUAUGGAUGGAAAUGGGGAUGAAGAGGAGGAUGAGGAUGACGAUAGGGACGAGGAUGAGGACGAGGACGACGAUGAAAUAAAUGAUUAUGAUUCAUAA